AAACAUCCUAAAUCCGGCCCAGAGUCUGUUUGUUUGGUUGAGUAGCCUACAUCCUGCUCUCAUUCUGAUUCUUUAUAAGCUCGCCCCUGUACAAAACAACAAACUGUUAAAGUGCUAUGACACAUAUUGAUAUAAUGCAUCUAGUGAAGAUUAUCUUGUUCGCUAUUGCGACAAAGUUUGUGUCAUGUCGUCCAGAUGGAGCUCCGCCAAUCAGUUGUGCAAAUAUGCAGCCAGGUCACUUUAAUCCAGUGUUAGGUAGACUAAGUGAAGGUCAAUCGAAAUCUAGUCCGUACAUAUUGGCUGCUAGGUGGGACAAGCGUAUGAAAAUGAUUCGUGUUUCAGUAAGGGGUGAUAGAAUACAAGGUUUUCUCAUCCAAGGCAGAGUGAAUAUCAGCGGACCGGCUAUUGGAAGUUUUGUUAACAUCACUGAAAAUCCUGAUGCCACGUAUCAAGAUUGCUCACUUUUUACUAAGGUAAGCGAGGCAACGUUACCCAAAAGCAAAAUAAGCUUCAAAUUAUGGCUGGUCUCAAUAAAUUGUAUAAUAUAUAUAUAUAUAUAUAUAUAUAUAUAUAUAUAUAUAUAUAUAUGUUUGUAUGCUUUGACUUUCUUCAUAAUGGACCACUUUAUUGUAUACUGACUUUUUUCAGACUUCAGUUUCCAGACGUACUUGAACAGUUCGGUGUUGUUCUUCUUGUUGUUUCUUUUCUUCUUGUGUUUGCUCUUGUCGCUCUGACUUGUUUUCCAAAUGUAGACAUGUAACCAGAUACCUGCUUAAUCAAGUUGUAAAAUGAUAACCUAUAUUUAUUAUGAAUAUUGAAUAAUAUCUGUCAGUUGCCUGAUGAUCGCGUAAAGCGUGAAACUCAGAGUAGCGACUAGCGACGCAAACAUUCAAACCUUGACAGAAUUAAUUCCGCUCUACUUAUUAUGGUAUUGAGCGCUCUUCUACCUUACGUCAACUCAUCGACUAUUUUUUUUUGAAUAUAGUCUUCAGUAUAUAUAUAUAUAUAUAUAUAUAUAUAUAUAUAUAUAUAUAUAUAUAUAUAUAUAUAUAUAUAUAUAUAUAUAUAUAUAUAUAUAUAUUUAUUUAUAUUAUACGGGAAUGGUUUGGGCUUAUUUGCAACUUCCGCUUUAUUAUUAUUAUCGUUAAUUAAUGUCAACAGCAAAGUGGCUAAAAUUUACACAACACACAACUUAAAUCAAUAAUAUAUAUUACAUAUUCCGUUCUCGAAAAUCACUAACUGAAUAAUGGAAUAUAGCAUGUUCGUUUCUUUAUUGGCCGUGUAUUUAUAUUACUAACGUAAAUGUAUCAUCUCGUUCGUAAUAUACAGUAGUCUAGAGGAAUGAGACAAUCGUGCGGCUGUUUUUACAUGCUAGAACAAGUAUGUCCAAUACUGUCGCAUUUAAUUCGAAAGUCGUGUUUCGCGAGUCGUGGCUUAUAAACAUUAGUAAGAUCUUUCACGAUAUGUGAUAUUGUUAGAUUUCACAGAUUGUCGCAUUCAACGACUUGUGAAAUUCACAAGUUGUGACUCACGACUUGUGCUUUAACCAUUAGUAAGACCAGGGAAUUACUGACGACUCGUCAAACUACUGUAGUGAAAUUUCACGUCGAAAGUGACAUUACAAACCAUGACUCUUAUUCUCGAAUGUGUAUGGGAUUGUUCAUUACCCCUCUUCAAAACAAAAGUAGCUCUUCAGUUGUAGAAUAUCUGAAAUAUAUACAUGUUCCAUUUGCUUCGUUUCAGACUCUUAGUCAACAUAAAAAGCGCGAUAAUUACUCGGUGUAGUAAAUCCCUAAUAUUCUGUCUUCUGUUUUCUUCGUCGUCGAGAAAUCGAGUUUGCGUUAGCGCAUCGCAGGCUCAGACUGCAACGAUUAAGCGGCCAAAAUGGCAUCGAUUCCUCGAUUUAAAUAUUAUACAGUGUAGGCUAAUUUCCAAAAGGACAAGAAAAUUUUUCUUUGUGUUAAAGUCAUUAGUUCCAACCUAGAGCUAACAAGACAAAGAAAAUUUUUCUUGUCCGUUCCAAUCCACGGACAAUUUUCCUGAGUGGAUAUCAGACUCCAAGGGUAGAGUGCAUCGGCGACAUAUUCAGUUCAUCUUUAGAUUGGCGGCUUUCAUGCACUGAGUGAUCUGUAUAUAUAUAUUUGACACAGUUUUGUUGAAUUUUCAAAUAAUUUUGCCGGUUUCCUAUGGAUUUUACGUUGUGUCGCACUCUGGACUUUCUUACGUGUUGAAAUAAUUUAAAUGUGUUUUUCUUUGUGUAACGAAUCGAAAACUGUUUGAUAGUUUGACUACACAACGUAGUUUUAAUAAACAAUUAAAUAAUAGCCAUUUAAAAACGCGGGCGCUGUUUGUCGGUCAAAAGCCGAAAAAAACCUUGUACAUGUCUUUUUAAAAAAAUAUUUACUGGUGUCUUCUUGAUCAUGUUUACUAUCGUUUUUUAUCGUUAUUAAUCAUGUUGAAACGUUUACUAACUAUUUAAGACUAGAAAUACAUGCAAAAAUAGUCGAAAGAUUAUUGCUUUUAACUAUAUUACAAUGAAUUUCUGUGGGUUGCCCACAACGUUUUGGCCAGCAUUUUACUAGCUACAAUCUUAGACAUAACUGGUUGAGGCUAUUUUCCCGCUAUAGAAAAUCUGUAUAUUUUUAUGAUAAACUCCAUGUUGAAUCACGUUGUCUUGAACUUGGGGAAGGGGGAGACAAAGUAAUUUGUCAAUGUUAAAUAAUUUUGUAAUUUUGUCCAAGAUUGUAGGGCCGCUUUACAUUAACACGUCCCGACCGGUCAGAACGGUAAAAUGUUGAAUGGAACACAAAAUGUUUGGGCUUCGGAUCUAUCUGACCGAAAAAUUUACGGAUAAAAUUAUAGUGAGGUCGAUUUUCGCUACAAAUAUUUAAGAAACAUAGACCUGCAGAUCUCUCCAUUGAUACCAAGGCAAAAAUUCGCAUCUGACCGGUCAGGUCAUUGAAUGUAAAGCGCCCUUGGAAACCUCGUUUUGCUCAGCUUACAGAGACGAUUGCAUGGGGACAAGUCAGGCCAAGAAAUGCUUCUAAUUUUAAUGAUUUUUGUUAAUUAGUCAGCAAUUCCUGCCCGAAUUGUAGUCUUUUCAAUCAAAAAUAUUCAUGUACUGUGUGCAAAAAUAUAAUGAAAAUGGACCUUUUUCUGGUGGAGGGGCGAAAACUAAUUUUGUGGAGUGACAUAAGGGGAGACUGGGGGACUGGGGAGCAGGAGAAAACGGCCCUAAGUUUAAUUAUACCUUUUUUCUUUUAUGUUCAGUUUGGUAAAUAUUCGAGCGUUACUCACAGCAACAGAGAAUACCAGGAACAUUUGGAGUUCUAUUGGAAGCCACCGACGAACAUUACUGGUAAUGAGAUUGACGUUACGUUUUACGCAACCUUAGCUAAAAAUAAGAACAUUUAUUGGAUCUUUCAACAAAGUAACACGCUACCUAUGAAUAUGGAAGAUGUCGAGGUCACUACUGGGACAACUACUGGGACAACUACUGGGACAACUACUGGGACAACUACUGGAACAACUACUGGGACAACUACUGGGACAACUACUGGGACAACUAAUGGGACAACGACUGUAUGGAACCACUACUGGAACCUGUACUGGAACAAAUACUGGAGGAACUACUGGAAACACUAUACUGUAAGUAAUUAUUACGAUUCAUUUAGAAAAACUAAAAUUUUUUAGUACAUAAACAUGAGUGUUAUAUAGCGAUUUUGGUCACUGAGAAAAAUCGCAUUUAAACACAUGUAAAAAUACGAUAUUUUUACGUGUAAAAUAUCAUUGUUGCUUGCCAAUCAAAAAGCGCGUAGGAAAUAUGUUUGACCAAUAGGAGAAGUUGCUGUAAAACGCAUUGCCACUGAUGUUUUAUUGUUUUUCAAUUUUGCCUUUUUGGGUAACAAAAAGUUUUUUGUCAAAACAUUUUUUACCGACUUGGCUAGAAGGUUCAUGAGUAUUACAGACGACUACGUCGAAAUAUUUAUUGAAGGAGAAGAAAAUGAAAAUAUUGAAAAAAUACGGAGCAAAAUAUCUCGCUUAAUCUCAAGGUUAUUCAUUGCAAGCGAAAAGCAGACAAAUGAGCCAGUUGAAAUAGAAAAACUAUGGUUAGAAGAACUACACAAUAUAGUUACCUCAGAGAGUUCCUCUUGGCUGUAAGGGAAACGAACGGUGAUGAAUUUAAGCCGACUACGCUUCGUGGUUUUUUGUCUUCAGUUGAAUGAUAUCUCGAGACACAUCGAUGUAGUGAAGGGACACUCUCAAGUCGAUUAAACAGAAAGAAGUUAAACGCAAAAGGAAAUAAAGCACAAGAAGCACCAUCUCUAACCCAACAAGAGAUUGACACUUUAUACGAAAAGGGUGCAAUGGCCUUGAAUAUCCCACAGGCACUUGUUCUUAACAGCAUCUGGUUCAACAACAGUACGUAUGCAGUUCGGGCUUCCCGGAGGCAAAAGAACUGCACGAGUUAAAGUGGGGAGAAACAGUCUAUAGCGGUAAAGAAUAUCUUGAAUACAGCACUGAAAGACAAACAAAGACAUGCAAGACAUGGAGACAAUCUUGCAAACACGAGGUCAGUGAAACCACAUAUGUAUGAAAACAUUUACUUGUACAAGUUUUUCAUGACGAGACGGCCCGAUCGAAAAGACAUUAAGCAUUAAUUCUCCAUUAUACCUAUCAGUUAACCACACCAGCGCCAGGAAAUUACAUUGCCAGAAACUAAAUGGUUCAAACCCCAACCGAUGGGAGUAAACAAACUCAAUUCGUUGAAGAAGGAUUGUGCAGAGAUGGCAGAAAUUGGUCUUGACAAACGCAUUACCAAUCACAGUGCUCGAAAAGACACUGGUAGAAACACUCCCAGAACUCCUAAAAUUAACGUUCCGCCAACUCAAAUAAUUCAGGUUACAGGCCACAAGAACUUGCAGUCUGUAAAUAACUAUAUGAGCACCCAAAGAGAAAAACAGCAAGAAGAUAUAUCUAUCAUUUUGUCCUCAAGCUCGUGACACACGGUAAAUUUUGCAGAAAAUUUGUCGACAAACUUGAAACAAGUUGUGUAACUUGAAAUGGAAUCCAUUCAACGUAGCCACGAAAGUCUGCCGUCUACCUCGUCCAAAGCGCUGUUUCACGGCAAUUACAUAACUUGAGAAACAUUCAAUGUGCACGUUGCCUCAAAUUCUUCAGCGCAGUCCCACAUAACGAUCUCAUGGAGUCGUAAAAGCAAAAGGCUUCGUCCUCUUCUUGCUUUGGAAAGUAGCAACAGCAUGCAGUAAAGGUGACAGUCAUAACAAUUAGCUAUGAAUCUAAGUAUGUUUGCUAAGACUUUAUGGAUUUGAAAUGAUUCUUUAUACUUCACAGUUUCCGUUCGUAUUUGAAUUACUAUAGUUUUAUAUACGUAAAUUUCUGCACUGAGAUAUGUUUCUAUAGAGACAUUCACGGAAUUUUAGCUGAACAUUGUUAUUUGAAAUGUAUCACUAUUUACAUAUUUGUUUUGAAUUUCAGUAUAUGAAUUGAUUUUUGUUGAUAAUAAUAAUUUAAUUAUUUAUAAGGAGAAUAAACACAAUAUUAUACAUGGUUGCUUGGAAAUAUGGAAUUUAUUUAUCGUGUUGAAGAGAAUAUUGCUCAUUCUGGGGCAACAUUCUCCUCAACACUCGAAAUAAAUUACAUAUAUCCGCUCAUCCAUUUAGUACUUUCUAUAUAUUCCUAGCUUUGGCGGAAAACUACCAGGUAAAAUGCGAGUCGUAUUCUAUCAAACCGUGAACGAUAUACAUGUAGCUACAUUGAAAAAUUUUUAAUAUAUAGAGCAUCAUGAUUCUCGCGAAAGCGAGUGAAGACUCCGUAAGAUAGUUGCUGCAAUAUCUGAAAAAGUAGUAGGCAUGCAGGAGAUUCUUUAUAAAAAAUGUGUGAUCCAGAGUUGGUUUGCUACGCAAACAUAAAACUUUGAGGAAGAUUAACUGACAGCUACUCAAACUAAACAGAAAAUAAUUGAACAUCUCCACGUUUCAAGCAAAGGCUCUUCGUCAGGAGGUUCAGCGGAAACGUCCUGAGGGUAGAAAUCGAGCUCCACAAAGUUUUGAAUUGCCUAUUUACGUUCAAUGCUAUCACUAAAACGCUUCUCUUUAUUUGAUAAUUGUUUGAUAAUAGAACGUAGAAAUAACGUUUAGAUGAGCGUUUCAAUAUAAUUUAGACAAAUGUGGUUGAAUAUGUAUCACUGGGAAAAAACGUAAAAUCCAUACUAUGACAUUUCCAAUUGCACGACUAAAUCCACAGUGUAUCCAUAUUAUUUCGAUACUAUAGCCAUGGUAUGGAAAUAUACAAAUAUUAUAUGGUAAAACGGGUAAUCAAAAGUCCAUUCUAUUUCUAACAAAGGUGCGUACAAUUUCUAUCCUAUGGAUUUUCAAAUUUUUCCCAGUAGUUUGUAUGCGAUUCAUUUAGGACAGGUAAUCUCAACUGUUUUUGGGUAAAAUGACCAUGGCGGUCAACAUAACAUGGCAUAUGUGCGAAAACUUGAAUCCGGCGCGAAAGUCCAGAAAAUGACCCCGCCCUGAAACAGAAGUGUCGACAUAGCUCUAACUUCCAAAAGGGAAAAGCGAUAGUCUUUCUGAAGUGCUUAUGGUGUUUAGAAGGGUUGCUUUUAAUGGUGGUCAUUGGAAGGAAAAAUUUGUCUAAGUAUAAUAUUUUACCAGAAAAUGACCAUACACCCCAGGUAAAAUUCUGAUUAUGCACAAAAUAACUAAUAUGCCUGGCAGAAAUUAACAUUUCUUAUUUGCUAAAAAAAAAUUAUCAUGGGAUGAAAAACUAUGCUUAGUUCAAUAUAAUUAUUGUGGAUUUCAUAAGGAUUGUCAUUGUUUUCUUUUAAUAUAAUACAUUUUAUUUCACUCACCCCACGAAAACACGAUUUCAGCCAUAUUUUGCCGUCCUGUAUGGUUUUUAAUCGCCGAGUCUCACAAAUAUCAUCCAGUUCUUGUACUUUUACAUAAUAAUAAAGGGCUAAAGAGUAUAUCACUCAAGUUUCAUGAAGUUUUGGAACUGUGCAGUGUAUUUUAUCUUCGAUAUUGUGUCCUUCGACAUUUCGUCUAAUUGCCGCCAUUUUAUUGGCUCGCCGGUUCUCUGUCCGAUAAAUGCCACUUCUCCAUUUUCAUAUGUAUUUAAAUUACCGUAUCCAAGAGUACUUCAUUGUAGAAUAGUACCAAUCUAAAAGUUGACAACAUUUGUCCCAUUUGGGACAAAAACCCUCCCUUAUGUUAUACGGGAGGGUUUAGGUUCAAAAUACGAUAUCGAAGAAUAUUUCAAAAUUUUCUUUUUGGUAAAUCGAACGUGAUUCCUGUUAUAAUGUUGAAGUUUAACCUUUUCAGCCAUUUCCAGACUUUAAAUACUGUUUUUAUUUCAGGAACGAAAUGGAACAUCAUCAAACAAAGCUUCAGUUGUUGUUCUCUUAUUGCUAACAGCAAUAGUUUUCUUGUUUUCAAGAUAUUAGUUUCAAUUGUUUUACAUUAUUGGUACUAUUGUUCGACAGUACGUCGUAUAUGUUACACAUGAAAGUUUUAAAAGCGUCGGUUGCAUCAUAAAUAGUCCAGAAUACAAGUCUUCCAGAGGCGCUGGAAUAUCGAUAAUUUUUUUUGGGGGGGAAUAUUCAUAUAUUUGUAUUCACAGACGGUAAAAAAAUCGAUUUCAAAAGAAAUUAAUUGGGCAGAACACGAAUAUAUGAAUAUCUGCCCCCCCCCCCCAUUUAUCGAUAUUCCGGCGCAUCUGAAGUCUUCUAAAUAUUCUAUACUAGGUUGGAGUGAUGAAAUACUGAAUUACAAUCCAAACUAAAUCUAAUUAUUUUAGGAAUUAUAUAUAAUUUAAUAUGUAUACAUACUGAUCAUAUUAGAUGUAAAAAAUCAUAAAUAAAAUACCAUGC